CGUUCGAGUGAUUCAGAAGAAAAAGAGUCAAAAAUUACUGGUAAAAUUUGUCCCUUUUUGGCGUCUCUCUGCCAAAUUUUCCUCGAAGACUUCAGGGUCAGGGCUGUUGGGAGGAGGAAGAGCACCAAGAAAUGGUGGUCGUUUCUCAAGAAGCGAUCCAUCACCUCCGGGCAUUGAUGGAUCAAGUUGAUGAGUCUUUGAGGAGAACAUUUCAGAAUGUUCAUCAAGGUUAUCUACCUGAAACAUUGUUUCGUUUUCUAAAAGCAAGAGAGGGGAAUGUUUCCAAAGCCCACAAAAUGUUGGUGGACUGCUUGAAUUGGAGGGUGCAGAACGAGAUUGACAACAUUUUGGCAAAACCCAUAAAUCCUACCGAGUGUUACAGAGCAGUGCGCGAUUCUCAGCUAAUAGGGAUGUCUGGCUACUCAAGAGAGGGCCUUCCUAUCUUUGCUCUUGGUGUUGGGCAUAGCACCUUUGACAAAGCAUCUGUCCAUUGCUAUGUACAAUCACACAUUCAAAUCAAUGAAUAUCGGGAUCAAGUAGUUCUGCCCUCUGCAUCAAAGAAGUAUGGGCGGCCUAUAACCACCUGCAUAAAGGUGUUGGAUAUGACUGGUUUGAAGCUUUCUGCGCUAAGCCAAAUAAAGUUAUUGACAAUCAUCUCAACCAUAGAUGAUUUGAACUACCCAGAAAGGACAAAUACAUAUUACAUUGUAAAUGCCCCAUACGUAUUCUCAGCUUGUUGGAAAGUUGUCAAGCCCCUUUUGCAGGAAAGGACAAGGAGAAAAAUUCAGGUCUUGCCAGGUUCCGGCCGAGAUGAACUGUUGAAGAUAAUGGAUCUUGCAUCACUUCCUCAUUUUUGUAAAAAAGAAGGGUCGGGAUCAUCACACAAUUCAGAGAUUGACAAUUGCUUCUCGUUGGACCACCCUUUCCAUCAACAACUUUACAACUACAUAAAGCAGCAAUCAUCGAUCACUAAGCCGGUUCAACCUACCAAACAAGGUUCUUUUCAUGUGGAUCUGCCUGAGCCGGCUGCUGAAGGGACAGAGAUUGUUAAAACCCUAGAGUCCGAAUUCCACAAGUUUGAGAAUCGGAAUGGAAAGUCCACAUCCCUUGAGAACCUCAAAAUUAGCGAUGACUAAACCUAUUUGGCUGACCGGCGACUGCAUUUUCUAUGGCUCCUAGCCAUUAUUCUGUUCUCAUAUGUUACAAUCAUAAUCUCUUACUUUCUCUAGAAAACGAAUGUGUUUCUCCUAAUUCUAUCGUUACUUGUUAUACAAUAUGAACAAAUGUAGUAGUGACAACGUGCAAUCUCUCCAGGUGAGUCUCUCUGGAAAUGGUAGCUGGUACAAGUGUAUGUUAUGACAUAUCGGCUGGGUUAUGAGCUAGAAGUUGAGCCCGCAUGUCCCAGGAAUACUGUCAUGCUGUAGAUGAUUAUUAGCAUGGUUACCUGGUUCAUUUGAAGGGAAAUUAUGGUGUCUAGCAUGGAUUUUAGGUUAAAACCCCAUUUUGGGGUUCUUGAAUUAUUGUAUGGACCAUUGAUUUAGUUAUCAGACUAAAAAAAUCUUUGAUUU